UAUAACGAACAAGUUGAAUACCUACUUGAUAUCUUAAUAAUGGCAAACGAAGCUGAAGAAACCGUACGCAAACUAUCAGCUCAUAAAGGCGUUGUGGGCGUUGUUGUCGUAAACGGAGAAGGGAUACCAAUAAAGACGACUUUAGACAACCAUGUUUCAGUACAGUACGCUGGUUUACUGGGCUCUUUAGUAGAUAAGGCGAAGUCAGUAGUACGGGAUCUCGAUCCUACCAACGAUCUAACCUUCCUAAGAAUACGUAGCAAGAAAAGCGAAGUAAUGGUAGCUCCUGAUAAGGACUUCAUUCUGAUUGUUGUUCAAAACCCUGUUGAAUGACGAAGGCUUUUGCCCUUACGGCUCGUUUUAGUCUAUUUCUCUGUUAUC